GACAGGCUUUUUGUUUUGGUUUUGAAAAGAGCUUUCUUGCUCACUAUUUGAAGAGACACCACCAUGGCCUCGUUGGAGAAGUGGGUGAACGAUGAGCUUCACCAGCUGCUGGGUCUGAGCGAUAAGUACGUGGCACAGUUCCUGAUUGGCACUGCCCAGCGCAGCGACAGCGUGGCAGACUUUAUCCGGCGCCUGGAGGAGACGGGAACCAUCGACAUCACACAGGGAGUCCGACGUUUCGCAGACGAGCUCUGGACGAAGAUCCCCAGGAAGCAGAAGGUUGAGAACGCCGCGCGUGCCGUCGAGCGAGAGGCCCUCGCCAUGCAACAGAAGAACCGGACUUACCUGUUACUGGAGGACAGCGAGGACAGCGGGCCCGAAGAGAAGCAGAGCCACAGCAAAGGGAAACGGAAACGGAAACACAUCCGGAAAAAGAGGGCGGCCUCAUCGGAGAGUGACUCCGACCACACAAUGAAAAGGAACCCGUCGCCACAGAAACUGUCGGGAUCUGAAGAAGAAGAAUGGGAAAAGGAGGAGAAGGAUCGCUUGAAAGAUCUGGAGGAGCGAGAUGCUUUCGCAGAGCGUAUCAAGCAACGGGACAAGGACAGGACCCGAAAUAUCCUGGAGCGCUCUGAUAAGAAGGCCUACGAGGAAGCUCAGAAACGUCUGAAGAUGGGCGAGGAAGACCGGCGGGCAAUGAUCCCGGAGCUCCGCAAGAGGUCCCGGAGGGAUUACCUGGGCAAGCGAGAGCAGGAGAAGCUGGAGGAUCUGGAGGCAGAAAUCGUGGACGACGAGUACCUGUUCUCCGCGACUGACCUCAGCAGCCGGGAGAAGCAGCAGCUGGACUACAAGAAGAAAGUGCGCGACCUGGCGCGGGAGUACAAAGCAGCCGGAGAGCAGGAGAAGCAGGAGCAGAGCAACCGCUAUUACAUGCCCGAGGAGUCCCGCAGCAAGAAAGUUCCGGAUCGCUACGAGGAGCCCAAGGCGGAUGACAAACAUGCCCCUCGGGACGAGCAGAGGCGUUGGGAGGAGGAGCACAUGGAUGCAGCGCUGUUAAAAUUCGGGGCCCGGGACGCCAGGGAGCGUAACCAGCAGAAGGAGUACGAGUUUGUGUUGGAGGAGGACGAGAUGAUUGACUUUGUGACUGCCGUCACCAUGCAGGGAACCGUGUCUAAGGAUGAAAAGGCAGAAAUGUCGGAAGCAGAGAAGCAGAAGCUGACCCUCCAGGAGGUGAGGAGGAGCCUACCUGUCUUCCCCUACCGUCAGGACCUGCUGGCAGCUAUCGCUGAGCACCAGAUCCUCAUCAUCGAGGGCGAGACGGGCUCUGGCAAAACAACCCAGAUCCCCCAGUAUCUGUACGAGGAGUGCCGCACCCUGCUCUUUACAGGAAUCAACGACCUGAUCCACUUUGAUUUCAUGGACCCCCCUCCUCACGAGACCCUAGUGCUGGCCUUGGAGCAGCUGUACGCCCUGGGGGCUCUGAACCACCUCGGAGAGCUGACCAAGCUCGGUCGCAGGAUGGCAGAGCUCCCUGUGGACCCCAUGCUGUCCAAAAUGAUCCUAGCCUCUGAGAGGUACCAGUGCUCUGAGGAGAUCCUAACCAUCGCAGCCAUGCUGUCGGUCAACAACGCCAUCUUCUACCGGCCCAAAGACAAGGUGGUGCAUGCUGACAAUGCUCGCAUGAACUUCUUCCUGCCUGGGGGGGAUCAUCUGGUCCUGCUCAACGUCUAUACACAGUGGGUAGAAAGCGGCUACUCCACGCAGUGGUGUUACGAGAAUUUCAUUCAGUUCCGGUCGAUGCGGAGAGCCAGGGACGUGCGGGACCAGUUGGAGGGUCUGAUGGAGAGGAUUGAAGUGGAGAUGAAAUCUUCUGCGGGCGAUAACGUCCUCAUCCGCAAGGCCAUCACCGCUGGCUUCUUCUACCACACCGCCCGGCUCACUCGCACUGGCUACAAGACGGUGAAGCACCAGCAGGCAGUCUACGUCCACCCCAACAGCAGCCUGUUCGAGGAGCAGCCCCGCUGGCUCAUCUACCACGAGCUGGUCUUCACCACAAAGGAGUUCAUGAGACAGGUGAUCGAGAUCGACAGUGGGUGGCUGCUGGAGGUGGCCCCGCAUUACUACAAAUCCAAGGAGCUACAGGAUGCAGCCAGCAAGAAGAUGCCCAAGAAAGUGGGCAAGACCCGGGAGGAGCUCGGCUGAGGGGCCCGGGCACGGGUGCCCUGCCAGGAGCCCUGCCCACCCGGCCACCCACCCCUCUGCAGUGGGACGACACCUCAUUUACCUACAGGGCGAACGUUCACUGUUUCGGAUUAAACGGAGCGAGGGUUGCCUGAAGGAUAGCCUCAAAUCCCCCGGCGUCGUGCUGGCACUGGAUGCCUGGUUCGGAUCGAACUGCAGCCUCUGUCCCCAGGAGGAAGGUUACACCGCGUAUCAGCCGGCAUCGAGCUAGGGCUGGGUGGGGAACGGUGCCUCUCGGCUGCAGUGCAAUGGCCACAAUGGAUCUGAGCCACCGGGAACAGUAACCAAGAAGGAAGGAGUUCCGAUUCCAGAGCUCAGGCCGGUCCAGUGGCCUGUGCCAGCAGCAGGAGCCUUGCCCCUCAGAACGCUUUCACAUCUGCACGAGUGAGGUUAGUGCAGCACGGGGCUGUCUACGGCAAUCCAGAGCUGCAACUUCCUGAUGUUUCAAAUAAAGUUUGGCACUUUUGUAGAAGAAGAAAGCCAGUUUGUCUUCCUGUCAAAGCUCUUGUCUUC